UGUUUGCAGCCGUUUCCAGGAGCUGAAGAUGCCGCAGUACAUCACUGACCUCGACGUUUCUGUGAACACCGGUGAGGAGAGUCAGCUACUUAAAAAAGGCUUCACCAAGGUUCCUGUUGAUCUGAACUCAGGAAGCGGAAAAAACAGUAUCUUCCUCUGGUACAAAACCGGUGACAAGCUCCAAGCAAUCACCAGGAUCCAGUUUACCUUCGAUAAUGAAAUGAAUAAGGGACUCAACGCAGAAGGGUACUACAAGGUCGACAAAAACCUCAACACUGGAACCCGCGGCUGCCCCAUCUACCUGUGGUUCUUCAAAGGCUCCACUCCGUACGACGUCCCAAUUGUGGAGCUCAGCUUCUCCACUAAUGCAGCAAAUGAUGCCAAAAAGGCCCAGCCUUUGUGGGAGAGGUCAGCCUGUGAUAUGAACCGGAGAGCUAAAGGAAACUUUAUAUACCUGUGGAUGAAGAGGGAGCAUCAGACCUACAUCUGUGACAUCACCGCCACCGCCGACAAUGCUGGGGACGCCGUGCUCUUGCAGCAAGGUUACAUCCGGGUGGACGAAGACACCAACAGAGAUGCGCAUGGGGCUUUUGUUUUCAUCUGGUAUCGACAGACCACCGAUAGUCAGAAGGCCAUCAAAGAUCUGCAGGUCUCCACGGACGAGGAGUCCAUAGAGAGGUAUCAGAACCAGGGCUAUAAGCAAGUUGAAACCAACCUGAAUAAGGGGACGAAAGGAACCCCGGUGUAUCUGUGGUACAAGACCAGUGAGUGCAAAGACCCCAUCAAGAUGGUCACCGUGAUCCUGGACCCAGACGCACCGCACCUGUACACGAAAGCUGGUGUGGAGGUCAUUGAGAAAAAUCUCAACGAGAAAAAUUCAGGCUUCAAAGAGUACCUGUGCUUUCAAUAGAGAGUGUCCUCGGUUCUGAGCAUGCUCAGUGAGAGGAACUAAUCCCUCAGAUGAUUCUGGUCACAUGACCUGAUGUUUCUCCAAGAUUCCGAUGAUGUGGUUUAAUAAA